UCCCGUUGUCGCUCUGGGCUCGAUUGAGCGAACUCGCAACUGUAGUGUUUGCAGUCACUUGAAUGUAGCGUUUAUGUUGUUAGCUAGCUUGGCACAAUUAGCUAGCAAAGGCAGCCGGGGGACACAAUGAAUGACUUAUUAUUAUCGCACAAUUGUUAGACCUACCGAUCUAGCUACCAGUAUUUUUUUUAAUCGAAAGCAGCUAUUUAGAUACGUAACGUCGGUUGCGUAUAAAUACAGAGCGUUAUGCUAUCUUGUUGAUAUCUAUUGCUUGCUUCCCAUUGUUUCCGUUAGUAAUGGUUUUAAUGAUGGAAUCCCAAUGUGAAUAUUUCAUGUAUUUCCCGGCUGUUCCUAUAUCAGAUUUGUCUGAUCCCGCUCGAUACCGUUCACUUCCACGUCGCAGUCACCUCUACCUUGGUGAGACUGUGCGUUUUUUGCUCGUCUUGCGCUCACAAAAUGGUGCGUCUGGGCUCACAAGCAGCGGGGGUGUGGACAAUGUCACCGGGUCGGAGCACCCCAACAGUAGGGCUUGGAGGGACCUUGCUAAUUCUCUGUGCGCGGUUGCAAGUGUCUGUCCCGGCGAUAGCCGUAAGCGACAUAUGUAUCAUGAUUAUCAUAGCAGUGGGGACGAGGGUAUGGAUGAUGCUGAUGAAGAUGACAUGGUUGAUGGUUGUCGAGGGGGGUCAAAAAAACGUGGAUUCCGAGAAUGUAAACCGUUGCUUAUUCACAACAGUCCGGGUAACGGUGUGCGAGAAUUCCGCAAGGCACCCUUGCAGUCCCCUGUAGAUGAGCCUGUGGUUCUAAACGAUGAGGUCAUUUUCCCGCUCACUGUGUCUCUUGACAAACUUCCUGUCAGUACGCUCAAAGUUAAGAUCAUAGUGACCGUUUGGAAGCAGGAAGAGGAGCGGUCUGAGAUCCAGGAUCACGGUUACCUCAGCAUCUUACAACAGAAAAGCCCCUGUCAAACCUUCCACCAAGAUCUGAACACUUUCAAAGCCCAAGUCAGCACCACACUGAAUGUCCUGCCUCCCCCCAGCCUGAGGUGUCAGCAGAUGACUGUAUCUGGGAAACACCUAACUGUCCUGAAAGUCCUGAAUGGGAGCUCCCAGGAGGAGGUAUGUGUGCGCGACAUCCGGAUCCUGCCCAACUUCAACGCCUCUUAUCUUCCUAUGAUGCCUGAUGGCUCAGUCCUGCUGGUUGACAAUGUCUGCCACCAGUCUGGGGAGGUGGGCAUGGAGUCUUUCUUCAGGAUGGAGAGCAUGUCGAGCCCCCUGCCCAGCAUGCUGAGUGCUCUGGAGGAGCAGAACUUCCUCUUUCAACUGCAGCUGAAUGAUCAGCCACAGGAGGAUACUAACGAGGGUCUGGAAGUACCGCUUGUGGCUGUCCUUCAGUGGUCCACCUCCAAACUCCCCUUCACCAACUCCAUCUACACUCACUAUAGCUUGCCCAGUGUGCGGCUGGACCGUCCUCGCUUCAUCAUGACCGCGAGCUGCCCUAGCGCAGUGAAGGCACGAGAGCACUUUCGGGUCCGAUACACGCUGCUCAACAAUCUGCAGGACUUCCUGGCUGUGCGGCUAGUUUGGACACCAGAGGGCCGAGGUCAUAAGGAGGACCCUGCUGUCAACGCCGUGGUGUGUCACUCCCCACUCAGUAACCUUGGUUACUGUCGCAAGGGCAGCACACUCUCUGUCACAGUGGCCUUUCAGAUUCUGAAAGCUGGACUGUUCGAGUUGAGCCAGCACAUGAAGCUGAAGCUGCAGUUCACCGCGUCCGUGUCCAACCCUCCCCCCGAGGCUCGGCCACUCUCCCGCAAGAGUAGCCCCUCGAGUCCAGCCGUGCGCGAUCUGCUGGAGCGCCACCACCAGGCCAGUCUGAGCCUCGGCCGCUCGCAGUCCUUCUCCCACCAGCAGCCCUCAAAGUCUCACCUCAUAAGGACUGGCAGUGUUAUGGAGCGCCGAGCCAUCACCCCGCCGGUCGGUUCUCCCGUGGGCCGUCCACUCUACCUCCCCCCCGAGCGCAGCGUCCUCUCCCUGGAUAAGAUUGCCAAGCGGGAGUGCAAGGUGCUGGUGCUGGAGGCAGCCAGAUAAACUCACAUCCCCCCAGAAAAACACCCUCCCUCUCCACUCUCCACUAUUGUAUAACACACUGGAUUACCUGUAUUUUAGGUGUAAGGAGUUUAGAGCUACGAAGCUAUUUGCAUUAGGGGAAAACGGGAACAGAAUAUGUAAAUGUAUUAACUCAUGAGAACUUGAAAACAACACGUUUAUUGGAACCCUCUGUUAUUUAGUGGUAAUAGUAAGCGAAGUAAUAUUUCCGUCUUCACAUUUCACAUGGAUCUCUUAAAUGUUGAUGUUGAUUUUUCAGAAAAGGUCCUUUGCUUUAUGUUUACUGUUGUUUGGUGAAGGGGCUCUUUAGCUGAACAAAAUGACCACAUGUAUGUAGGCAGACAGACAGACACACCACACACACACACAGCACACAUUCCUGAUACACCAGAGCCCUUCCACCGACUCAACACACACACACACACACACACACACACCAGUAUACCAGCUCAUAGUCAUGCUGUCUUUGGAAUGCCGUAAAAGACAUAUGGGCCGUGAGGAGACCCAUAUGUCUUAUGAGGCCACAUCGACAGCACAAUCCAAACAGACUCUCACCCGUUCGUAUUUACAAUGUUAUUUCUUUUUGUGUGUGUGUGUCUGUGUGUGUGUGAGAGAAAGGGAGCAGCUAAGAGAAGCAUAUGGGCCAAGAGGUGAAAUGGUGAGUCUGACUGCAUCGUGACUGCAUCCAGUCUGUAGUCUGUGUGUAUUUAUGCGUGCGUGUUGUGGGUGGAGGGGAUGGGGCUCUGUGUUUGCCGACAGCUUCCUGUCAGACUGUAUUUUGUUCUCUCAGCCCAUUGGUGGGCUGACUCAUGUCGCCACACUGGAAUCUGUUUUUUUUUUUUUGCUGUUGUUUUUUUGCAUUUAACUGUAGCCUCAAGAAAUGGGUGGUUGAACUCCUUUAUUUAUUUCAUCAGGUGUUGUUGUUUUGCGCCUGCAAUAAAUGCAUCUCAAAGCACUUGCACUCCGUUAACAAACAAAGCUAACAUUUCUCCCUCGAUCACUUCAUUCCUGGGUUUUUGCUUUUGAGUGUUCUUAUCCAACACUUACACAUACUCACUUCCUGUGUUAUUUUAUUUUGUUUGUGUGACUUUUUAAUGUGCUCCUUUUAAUACGCUCCCACCACCCACUGCCUCUUGUUCUGCUCGGUAGUGUGCCAGUUGCAUGCCUUUUUGUUACUUACCCUCCUGUGACCAAAACGCCACACACACACACACGCACACACACACACACACACACACACACACACACACACACACACACACACACACACACACCACCUCCUCCGGGCCCGUAAGCAGGGGCAUUGAGUCGUGUCAUCUUGCUCCCAGCUUUGCCUUAUUGUCAGACACCAUUUUGAUGUAUUCCGCCCGCAACAUUCCUCUUCCCCCUCACCCUCCUGCUUUCCUGUUGUCACACGGUGGCUGGUUGCACCCACCUCCCACACAACCCCCUCCGAAUGGUCAUCCAUGACGCAUUCAUCAUCACUGAACUGUGACCGCAGACUCCGGACCCCCCCCCUCCCCCCUCCCGUCCUUUGCCAUAGAGAGCUGCCCACGAAUGUGCUACCCAGUGCCACUGCCUGGGGACUUUAUUGGUGAUCAGUCGGCUGUCACUAGGGCUAGAGUGCAUGUAGGCAAGUUCAUUGAUUUUACAGCACCAUGUACAUGCUGACAGCUGUGUCUGAAUCACGAAGCUGCUGAAAGAACCUCAAUACUGGCUGGGCAUUUGACUGUGGGAGGCUUACUAUGGGAUGUUCUUGUAUAGUGAAGCAUUGCACUUCCUGUAAAGUAGACUUCAUAUUUUGCCGUAGACUUUUGUGCACUUUUCAGGGAGUCUGCAGACAAUCCAAUGCAAAUCUGUGACAGGCCUGUUCAAUACUGGUCAAUAGCAUUUCUGUGCUGUCUUGGACCCUUGAGUUCUGUGCGGAUGUUUACAUGUCUGCUUCUUUUUCUUUUCUAGCUUUGUAGCAGUAUCCUUUAGCCUCUUUUGUUGCAGUGCAACACAUUGUUGGAUGUUUUGAAUGUAUGAGUAAUGGUUUUGUUUUUGUUUUAAGUUUCAAAUGUGCAGCUGCUGGAGAGAGAUUCGCUCCUCUGUUUUCCAUUAGUCCUUCCAUUUCAGUCGUCUACAGCACAUGAGGAGUCAAGACAUCUGACAGGGGUUUCUUUUUUAUUAUUUCCAAGGGGAUUUUAUUCUAUUCAAGCACUUUAUUUUUACAGAUUUAAGUUAUUACACUUAUGAAAACAAAGACGUUUUGUCAGUGAUGUCAAUAUAUAGCCUCCCUCUACUGUCUUUCUUUUGAACUUGUUUUAAAGAGGGUUUUGGUUAUACUUGUGUUGAAUGUGUGAAAAAUGUGAUCUUCUGGUCCUUGUGCUUGAAUAAAUAUAUUCAGG